AUGGACGAACUGAGGCUUAACCCUGGAAUGGAAGGAACCUCAACGUCGUCGCAGAGUAGUGCUGGGACCCAGUCGAAUAUCGCCUCCUCGAUUAGCUCGAUUGAUACUUGCACGCACAUGAGGAGUUUAAGUAUUGAGGAUAUGUGCGACUUCGCCACCACCGACCCUUCACUGCCAGAACGCAGCCACACUUUGAAGGGCCGAAGAGAUGACAGAAUCACUUUCAGCCUGGACCCUACACAUCAAAAGGUUUUGAAAGCAUCAGAAACACAGUCAAUCGACCAAUUUCUGAGUACCUCAGCCACACGGUACAGCCGCAUCGCUGUUGGUCUUCGUUUCGCCAUCACGCUUUUGAGCUUAGCUACAUCAGCUUGGAUGCCUCUCAAGUUGGCCAAAGAUGACAUAUUCUUAGUUAGCAGACCGAAACCGGAAGGCAAAUAUGCCAGACCCUACGGCCCAUAUUUCGAACACAGCUCUCACGACUUGUCUUCUGCUGCAUCUAGGAAUGGCGGUCUCUGGAAUGCCAAAUCAUCCCUCUUGCUCCUAGGCGUGGUGCUUCUGGAGCUGUUCCAUGGCGAAGUGCUAGAACAGCAGCCAUCAUGGAUGGAAUCGCUCGAUGACGAUGGCUGCCCGAACGAGAUGACUACAUUCUGUGCAGCUUUUCUGUGGGUUGUUAGAGCACAAAAGUCAAUGGAGGAUUACAUUGGCGAAGAUCUUGGGCGUGAGAUGUACGAAGCCAUUCGAAAAUGUAUAUGCUUCAAAUUUGGUCUCGAGGACGACUUUGGCGACUCGAGAUUUGCGGAGUUGGUGUAUCGAGAGGUUGUGGUGCCGUUGGAGAAGUGUUGCCCACAGCUCUAA